AUGAAGGAAAAUGGACCUACGAGUGACGACAUGAAGAUUGACAAAGAAGCAGAAGGUGAUUUUGAAGAUGACUAUGUAGUUAAAUCAAUAGGGUCUAUAGGAAGAUGGCAAAUCAUUGUUUGUAUCAUAGUUGCAUCCAGUAGACUUAUAGCAUCGUGGAAUAUGCUUGCUAUAUUAUUCCUAACACCUACCACUGAAUUCAAAUGUAUAAAAUUCAAAGAUAAUUACAACGAGACCACAGAUGUUCAGCUCUCAAAAUGCUAUGAGAACUGCGAAGAGUACGAGUAUUACCAAGAUGUGUUUGAAUCAACGUUGAUAUCACAAUUUGGAUUGAUAUGCGACAGAGCAUGGAUGGCGAGUUUCACGCAAACGGCGAUGAUGCUGGGUUUAGUGUGUGGCAUUUCUCUUUUUGGUUGGAUUUCUGACAGGUUCGGCCGUAGAAACGCCUUGAUUCUCUCCACCUUCACUGACGUGAUUUUCAUGAUGACAGCGGCUUUUGCUCCAACCUACUGGACAUUCACUGCUCUUAGAUUCUUCGUUGGUGUUGCAAGUGGAGGUAUAAUGUCGAUUACUGCUGUGUUUACCAUAGAAAUUGUUGGACCAGCACAUAGAGAAAUGGCUGGCGGAUUAGCCUUGCUUCCGGAUAGUAUCUCUGAAAUAUUACUAGCUGGCUUUGCAUACUUUGCUCCGACGUGGAACAUUUACCUACUGGGAUUUAGUGGAACAUCCGUAGUGAUUGCGACAAUGUUAUUGUUUCUACCAGAGACCCCAAGAUGGUUGGUUACCACCGGCAAAGUUGACAGAGCCGUAGAACUUAUGACCAAAGCUGCCAAGUUUAACAAGAGAAGCGUUGAUGGUAUAAGAGAUACUGUGAAUAAAAGUGUCGAAGAACUUAACUUAAAAGAUAACGAAGCAGAAUCUCUAAAUUAUACAGACUUGUUUAGAACGAGGAAAUUGACUCUGAUCACCAUAUUUUCCUUUAUGAUAUGGUUUGUGACCGGCGUAUGCUAUUUUGGUUUAAAUCAAUACACUACAGUUCUUGGAGCUAAUAUUUUUUUCGUCGUACCAUUAUUAGGAUGUAUUCAGAUACCGUUGGCUCCACUAACAUCCCUAAUCACGAGGGUAUUUGGAAGACGAGCCUCAGCUAUUGGUACUUAUAUUAUUGCCGGGGCAAGUAUGAUCUGCCUGAUAUUCAUUCCUGCGGGUACAUGGGUAUCAACAAUGCUUGGUUUUAUAGGAGUCGCGGCGGCGUUUUUAAACUUUUGUGUGUUAUACAUUUUUGUUACUGAAUUGUACCCAACACCAAUGAGAAAUAUGGGUUUCUCAAUCAGCGCUGCAGGCUCAAAGUUUGGAGCUACAGUUGCUCCUUUUGUAGCUACUUUAAAACCACAGUGGAUAGCUUCAACUAUAUUUGCAAUAUUACCCAUUAUGGCUGCUGUUAUUUGCUUUUUAUUACCAGAGACUAAAGGUAAAAAAUUAAGUGAUACGGUAGAGAAGUAA